AUGACAGAAUCAAGUGCUCCGUUGCCGUCUUUAGAAAGACCCAUCAGUGCUGUUUUGAGGGAGACCCGACCACCGUCUCCGCCUCAUCGGGACGAUCGCGAAGCGCUCGAGCUACAUGAGAUCCAAACCCGCGAGGAUAACGAGUUGGAUUAUUCCUCACCAUCUGCCUCGUCCGGGGACGAGUAUCGAGUCACGACCCGGCGAACGAUAUCUCGCGUCACGACCCAACGCUCCCACCACGAUCGAACGGGGCUGUGGAGCCGCAUCUGUCGACUUUGGACCCAUAAUGUCACCCUUACGGUGCCGCGGAAAAGCAACAGGGACCAUUAUGCAUUGGAGAGAACAUUCCUCGCUUAUAUCCGUACCUCGGUGGUUAUUGCAAUGCAAGGGGUGGUGAUUGCGCAGCUGUUCCGCCUCCAACGUGCCCCAUCGGACGAGGACCGGCUGCGAUUCUACCAAGUCGGCAUUCCGCUUGCCGUCUCUUGCUACGGCGUGGCUGUUCUCGUCGCCCUGAUCGGGGCCUUUCGAUUUUGGAGACAACAAAACGCCAUUUCUCUAGGGAAAAUUCAUGCCGGAGGCUGGGAGCUCAAUUCAGUGGGGAUCCUACUUUUUGCGAUCAUUUUGGUCACCUUGGUCAUUUCCGUUGCCAUCAUCGUUGAAAUUGACAAUGCCCAGGCCACUUUACUCAGUCGCAUAUUAAGAAGGUGA